CAGGAGAAGCGGAUCGACUCUCUGGACGCGGCGAACUCCCGCCUGAUGGUGGCGCUGACGCAGGUGAAGGAGCGUUACAGCGUCACGCCGAACCUCCGCAACGGCCUGUCGCCCACCAACCCGACGAAGCUGUCCAUCACUGAGAACGGAGAGUUCAAGAACAGCAGCUGCUGAUUGGUCGGCGAGGGGGACGGGGGGGGCGGGGCUUAUUGUUUACCUGACCCCUCCCCCCCCCCCCAUCGCACCUUCAAGAGUCUAUAAAUAAGAGUGUAAAUACUGAAGGAUCUGCUCAGUGUACAGAGAGAGUGUGUAUGAGUGUGUGUGUGUGUGUGUAUGAGUGUGUGUGUGUGUGUGUGUGUGUGUGUGUGUGUGUGUGUGUGUGUGUGUGCGCGUGUGUGUGUGUGUGUGUGUGUGUGUGUGUGUGUGUGCAGCGUCACAGAAGCACAGAGAGGAAGAAACAAACCAAAAACUGAUGGAUGAGCGCACUCAGUUUUUUUCUAACCGACUUUUUUAAGGUUUUUAUUUGAAUUUUCUGCUUUUUGCUCUUUUUUUUUUUUGGUUGUUGUUUGUUUGUUGUUGUUUUUUUUAGAGUGGAGCAGUUUUUACCUGAUGAGUUCGUUUGUUGUUGUUGUUGUUUUUUGGAGUUUUAAUUUAUUCCUCCACUUCCUGUUGCUGAUCUACUGAACAGUCUGCUGUCGUCACACGUGAGAAUAAAAGCUGCCGAUAAGUCGACAUGUUUGAGUUCUGUUAAUAAACUUUA